AUGGCGCCCUCGGCGAUUGACGAGACCACCCUUGUGGUUCCCGACAACAAGCGACCGCCUGAGCGCAUCUACCCGCCUGCGAAGAUCUUCCCCGUCCGCGAAGCCCGAUUUGAAGACCCCAUACCCAUACACGAAGAUGGACGUCAGAAGGCGCUAGCACAGCCAACCGGCGGCGCUGUCAUCGUCAUUGACAAUGGUUCCUCAAAUGUCCGUGCCGGCUGGUCCUUUGAUGCUGCCCCUCGAUUCAGCAUACCGCCGAUCAUGGCAAAGUACCGUGAUCGCAAACUCGGCAAGACGUAUUCCUUUGCCGGCUCUGAUUGUUAUGCAGACACCACUGCUAAGGGUCACCUACGAUACGCUUUCGAGGCUGGGUCGGGCAUUGUCAGCUCCUGGGACGUCAUGGAACAUGUGUUGGACUACACUUUCCUCAAACUUGGCUUGAACGGUGUUGAUGGUGCAAUUGACAUGCCCAUUGUCAUGACUGAGGCCGUCGCCAACCUGCCAUAUUCCCGCAAGACCAUGACGGAAAUCAUCUUCGAGUGCUACGGCGCACCCUCUCUCACCUACGGAAUCGACUCUCUCUUCUCCUACAACUACAACGGCGGCAAGACCGGGCUUGUAGUUUCUUCUUCAUACACAUCGACCCAUGUCAUUCCUGUCUACAACUCAAAGGCCAUGCUGGCGCAAGCGACAAGGCUCAACUGGGGCGGUUGGCACGCGUCAGAGUAUCUGUUGAAGCUCAUUCGGUUAAAAUACCCCUCCUUUGCCGGAAAACUCAACCACUCUCAAGCCGAACAUAUGCUCCGCGACUAUGGCUAUAUAUCGACGGACUAUAACCAAGAACUCAAGACCUAUCUCGAUUGGACGGGUCUAGAAGAUCGUGAUAUUGUGAUUCAGUACCCCUUCACCGAGGAGAUCAUUGUGCAGAAGAGCCAAGAGGAACUUGACCACGAAGCCGCGUUGGAGCGAAUCAUCAAGGAGUUGGACAAGGCUGUUCGAAAGGGUCGCAUGAAGGACGUUGGCGGGGACGAAGAGGAGGCCGAGGUACCCGUCUUCGAUCUCGUAGAUGUGCCGGAUGAGGAGCUCGACGACCUUGGAAUCAAGGCCAAAAAGCAACAGAGGCUAGCCAAGGCCAACUACGAUGCUCGCCAGCGGGCCAAGGCGGAAAAGGAGGCGGAAAAGGCUAGGAUAGUGGAAGAAAAGAGGCUGGAUGAAGAGCGACGAGAGAAGGACCUCGAAGGCUGGCUAGGCGAGCGCCACGAGGCCCGCGCCGUCACGCUACAAAAGAUGAAGGAAAAGGAGCGCAUGAAGCAGGAUCUCGGCAACCGCAAGUCCCUCGCCUCCCAGAUCCGCAUGAAGAGCUUGGCCAAUCUUGCCUCCGACAACCCGACCAAGAAGAGGCGGCGAGGCGGCGACGACGACACGUUUGGUGCCGACGACGACGACUGGGGCGUGUACCGCGACAUCGCCGAUAACGCCUCGGACGAGGAGGAGGAAGAUCUCGUCGGCAAGCUCACCACCCUGGAGCAGGACCUCCUCAUUCGGACUGGAGCAACCGAGCUCAACCAGAUCCACCUCAACGUCGAGCGCAUCCGCGUCCCCGAAGUCAUCUUCCAGCCCUCCAUCGCCGGCGUGGACCAGGCCGGCCUCGUCGAAAUCGCCGGCGACAUCCUCAACCAGCGCCUCGCCGGUAUUCCCAACCGCGACGACUUCCUCCGCGACAUCUUCCUCACCGGUGGCAACACCCUGUUUAACAACUUUGACGCCCGCCUCCGCGCCGAGCUCAUGGCCCUGCUCCCCGCCGGCGCGCCGCUCACCAUCAGGCCCGCCAAGGACGCGGUCCUCGACGCCUGGCGGGGUGCCGCGCAGUGGGCCGGCUCUUCUUCCUGGAAGGCGGCCGCAGUGUCGAGGCAGGAGUACGAAGAGAAAGGCUCCGAGUAUUUCAAGGAACACAACUUGGGAAAUGCAUUUGUACAAUAA